CAUUCCCCUCCCUAUUGCUGGCUGGCUGCAGGGGGGAGGAGCACAUUCAGCUGCUGAUUACAAUCUGCCCGGACAGACAGUUUCUGCCACAGCAACAGAACUGGGUGCCCUCCAUUGCAAAAGCUCCUUGUGGAUUGACUCUGAUUCUCAGGAGGUCCUAGGGAGCCUUUCACCGCGGAGCAGAGCCUGGCACAUCCCUGCGGUUAGGAACCCCUGCCUCAUAUGGCACACAGAGAGGGUGAAGUUCAGGCUGUUCGUACAACCCAGCAUUUCCUAACCCUGAGAACUCAACUUUGGAACCUAAAUAACAUUCUUUUAAUGUGUUUUUUACCAUGCUGUGCCCCACCUCACCUCACCUAGCCCUCCUGGCCCUGCUCUCUGUGGCUGGCGCUGUGGGUCCAGGGGAGCCAUGCCCGUCCGAGAUGAACCUGAUCAAGGACCGACUGCGGGUGAACUGCUCUGGGCAGGGGCUCAGCGUGGUGCCACUUGCCCUGCUCACGAACACCAGCAUCCUGCUGCUCAGCUCCAACCGCCUGGCGUCCGUCUCCACUGCCGCCUUCCAGCACCUCCCUGAGCUGGCUGAGCUGGACCUGUCAGGCAACGCACUGGGUGCGCUGCACACUGGGCCCCCCCUGCCCUUGCUGCAGGAGCUGGUCCUGUCCCACAAUGCCCUGGGGGUGCUGCCCACACUGCAGGGCCUGCCUGCCCUCACCCGCCUGGCCCUGGCUCACAACAACAUUUCAGGGCUGCUGCCAGGGGCCUUCCGGGAUGUGGGGCAGCUGACGGAUCUGAAUCUACGGGGGAACCAGCUGCGGACGCUGCCAGAAGAGGCCUUUGAGGGCCUGGCCAUGUUGAAGGACCUGGACCUGUCUGAUAACGCCCUGGAGGAGCUGCCGCGGGGGCUGUUGGUUGGGCUGAAGCUGGAUAAGCUGUGGCUGUCAGGGAACCAGCUCCGCACUCUGCCCAGCGGCUUCUUCCCCGAGGGGCACAUAUUCGCCUUCGUCUUCCUGGCAGGGAACCCCUGGCGCUGUGACUGUGGCCUGGCCUAUCUGCGGGGCUGGAUUGAGGACAACGACUUCAGCAUCUACAUCCAGGAGCAGAGGCCAGACGGGCUGCUGACUGAGAAUGAUCCCCAGAGCCCUGUGUGCGAUGAGCCCCUCAGACACCACGGGAGCCCUGUCCUCGAGUUCCAGCAGGCCUGCGGCAAAGCAGGGGACACAGACUUGGAUAUCGAUGGGACAAGGACAGAGGAGGGACCCCCUGUGCCCUCCACUACUGUCCCCUCCACCACCCUGCCCCUAACUAUCCCUGUGCCCUCCACUACAGGGGAGCCAUGCCCAUCCAAGAUGAACCUGAUCAAGGACCGACUGCAGGUGAACUGCUCCGGAAAGGGGCUCAGCGUGGUGCCACUUGCCCUGCCCAGGAGCACCGGCAUCCUGCUGCUCAGCUCCAACCGCCUGGCGUCCGUCUCCACUGCCGCCUUCCAGCACCUCCCUGAGCUGGCUGAGCUGGACCUGUCAGGCAACGCACUGGGUGCGCUGCACACUGGGCCCCCCCUGCCCUUGCUGCAGGAGCUGGUCCUGUCCCACAAUGCCCUGGGGGUGCUGCCCACACUGCAGGGCCUGCCUGCCCUCACCCGCCUGGCCCUGGCUCACAACAACAUUUCAGGGCUGUUGCCAGGGGCCUUCCGGGAUGUGGGGCAGCUGACGGAUCUGAAUCUACGGGGGAACCAGCUGCGGACGCUGCCAGAAGAGGCCUUUGAGGGCCUGGCCAUGUUGAAGGACCUGGACCUGUCUGAUAACGCCCUGGAGGAGCUGCCGCGGCGGCUGUUGGUUGGGCUGAAGCUGGAUAAGCUGUGGCUGUCAGGGAACCAGCUCCGCACUCUGCCCAGCGGCUUCUUCCCCGAGGGGCAUAUAUUCGCCUUCGUCUUCCUGGCAGGGAACCCCUGGCGCUGUGACUGUGGCCUGGCCUAUCUGCGGGGCUGGAUUGAGGACAACGACUUCAGCAUCUACAUCCAGGAGCAGAGGCCAGACGGGCUGCUGACUGAGAAUGAUCCCCAGAGCCCUGUGUGCGAUGAGCCCCUCAGACACCACGGGAGCCCUGUCCUCGAGUUCCAGCAGGCCUGCGGCAAAGCAGGGGACACAGACUUGGAUAUCGAUGGGACAAGGACAGAGGAGGGACCCCCUGUGCCCUCCACUACUGUCCCCUCCACCACCCUGCCCCUAUCUAUCCCUGUGCCCUCCACUACAGGGGAGCCAUGCCCAUCCAAGAUGAACCUGAUCAAGCACCGACUGCAGGUGAACUGCUCCGGAAAGGGGCUCAGCGUGGUGCCACUUGCCCUGCCCAGGAGCACCGGCAUCCUGCUGCUCAGCUCCAACCGCCUGGCGUCCGUCUCCACUGCCGCCUUCCAGCACCUCCCUGAGCUGGCUGAGCUGGACCUGUCAGGCAACGCACUGGGUGCGCUGCACACUGGGCCCACCCUGCCCUUGCUGCAGGAGCUGGUCCUGUCCCACAAUGCCCUGGGGGUGCUGCCCACACUGCAGGGCCUGCCUGCCCUUACCCGCCUGGCCCUGGCUCACAACAACAUUUCAGGGCUGCUGCCAGGGGCCUUCCGGGAUGUGGGGAAGCUGAAGGAUCUGAAUCUACGGGGGAACCAGCUGCGGACACUGCCAGAAGAGGCCUUUGAGGGCCUGGCCAUGUUGAAGGACCUGGACCUGUCUGAUAACGCCCUGGAGGAGCUGCCGCGGGGGCUGUUGGCUGGGUUGGAGCUGGAUAAGCUGUCGCUGUCAGGGAACCAGCUCCGCACUCUGCCCAGCGGCUUCUUCCCCGAGGGGCACAUAUUCGCCUAUGUCUACCUAGCAGGGAACCCCUGGCGCUGUGACUGUGGCCUGGCCUAUCUGCGGGGCUGGAUUGAGGACAAUGACUUCAGCAUCUACAUCCAGGAGCAGAGGCCAGACGGGCUGCUGACUGAUAAUGAUCCCCACAGCCCCGUGUGCGAUGAGCCCCUCAGACACCACGGGAGCCCUGUCCUCGAGUUCAAGCAGGCCUGCGGCAAAGCAGGGGACACAAUGACGGAUUUGGAUAUCAAUGGGACAAUGACAGAGGAGGGAACCCCUGUGCCCUCCACUACUGUCCCCUCCACCAACCCCAUCUCCCACCAUCCUGAGCCAGCCAAUCUCCCACCCUGGGGCUGGAACGAAGCUGUCGCCCCCUAGAAAGGAAAGGCCCCAUGUCCUACUCCCCACCCCCAUCAGCCUACCAAUCCCCUGCCCUGAGGCUAGAUCGAAGUGGCACCCACUAGAAAAGAAAGAGAAAGAGAAGAGUGUAGGGUCACAUGCCAAAUCUGUCCCAAUGACACAAGAAGGGAUCUGGUCAGUUUAGCAGCCAAUCCCUGUAACCACUCAACUCCUUUGAAGGAAAAGAAAGAUCAUAAUAUGAGUAGGGGAGAUCAAAUCAAAGAAUUGGCAACAAAAGUUUAUCUGGAAUGGAAUAAAAAUGGAGACAGGAAGUAUUUUGUAUAAUCAGAUUUCAUUCAAAUUUUAGAACAUUGUUUUCUCCAGUUCUAUGGGAGAAUGAGACUUCAUGAUUGAUAUUUUGGUGCAGCACAAGUGACAUAAACCCACAGGUGGUUUCUCUAAUGUAGUGAUUAGCAUCUUGGUCUAACAUCUGACAGGUCCCUGGUUUGAAACAAAGCAGAGAUGAUACAUUUUCCUUAUUGUUUUCAAUUGCUCUUGUUUUAAAUGUAGUCUAAUAUUUAUUUUUCCCCAGCUCAUUAAGAUAAAAAAUCAUAUUCACAGAUGGGAAGUGUCACGAUUAUCCUAAAUGGAUGGACAAUACAUUAGUCCAUCUUGCUCGGCUUAUGCUUUCAUAGUGGCCGGUUGCAAGCUGAGUGAUCCUGAUAGGUGACUGUAGAUAAUGUUUCCGGGUUGUAUUCCUACAGUGACAUUCUCAGAUGACCAACAUCCCCCAUCUUUGGAAGGAAUAAACUGCUAACAUUUGGACCUGAACUUGGAAACCUGGCCUUUAAUAACAGGAAGCUGAAGUUAGUAAUACAUUUUUACAAUUGGUAUAAGAUUCAAUAAUCCUUCAACCUAGUGUCACAAUAACUGAAAUUGCUUUAUCCUUAUAGUUUGCCUAGCAUAGAAAUAAAUAUGUCUUUAAAUAUAAAGGAGUCAAGUUAAAUCAC